AGAGCUCAACCACACACACACUAAUAACAAACUAGCAAAAUUAAAAUAAAAAAUUCCAUUCCAUGAAAGAAAAGGAAACAAAGUAGUUACAACAAACAAUGAAUGCAUUGACGACCAGUAACCAUUAUUUUUGUUCUAGGAGCCUUUAUAUUAACCCAAAGUAUUAUUUGGUUCCUACUCGUAAAGGUAAAAUAAAACAAAUAUUCACUGCUUCUCUGUCUGAAAGACGUACAGAGGGCGAGGUGGAUGACAGUCCAGCAGCUACUCCUUCUGCUCGUACACAGCUGGAUUUCCUGGAACAACUCACCACAUCUUCUAGUGGUUACGCAAGCGAUGGAAACAAUGAGGAACUCACAAUCCGCGAGAAGCUAGCUCUGUUGGUUGGUGAUCGUGAUGAUGAUUUUACCCUCCGUUUGGGCAAAAAGUUGAAGGUACCAAAGCUUUUAACGGUGUCACAAAAGAGAAAUAUAAAAAGGCAAGCUUACCUAAAUGAAGUAUCACGACGAAAUGAUUCAACCUUCUUUGCCACUAUUGGAGCAUUUGUGCUUUUACCUCCUAUAUUCAUACUAGUGGUUGCGAUAGCAACCGGUUAUGUACAACUUUUUCCUUAAUACAUAGUUUGAUUGUGUAUAGGGUGUUUGAGUCAUAGUUGUUACACAUGUUUAUAUAAAGUAGUUUGGCAGAACUUUAAGCAA